AUGGCUGCGGUGCGCCGCGUGGUGUUCGUGCUGGCCGCUGCGCUGUGCUGCGUGACGGUUGCUGCUGCGGUCGAGAGCCCCAGCCCCAGCGCUGACGCCGACGCCGACGCCGAUGGCAAACUGAUCCCCCGCCCCCGUCUGCGGCAGGUGGACAAGGAUAUUGAGGAUUUGCUGCGGACAAGCGAGCCGUCUGACUUGCAGGAGCCGGCGAAGACGAGGACGCUGCGAGAGCGGGCGCUUGAUGCGAUGCACACCGCUUACGCACAGUACGUCGAUGCCGCGGUGCGGUGCGAGGAAGCCAAGGCGGAGUCGAGGAACGCGCAGGAGCUGGCGCAGGAGGCGAGGACGGCCCUGGUGGCGCUCGGCGGCGAGGCUGUGUCGCUGAGCGCGGCCCUAAAGAAGGCGGAUGCCGCACGGCUGGAGGCCGCUGCUGCUGCGGUUGAGUGUGCGACGGCGCUUGCGGCUGCGGACGGUGCGGAGGAGACCGCGACG